GCAUUACAUUUGAGUUGUUUUUGUCUUACAAGGUACAUGUAUUGUUGUCAUGCGUUCAGUGAGUCGGUUAUUCAUAUCUCGCAGUUUCAGGAUGCUGGAGAGAUCUCCUGCGUUCAUCAUCUCUGUGAGGCUCUUGGGCAAUCAUGGCGGCGAUGACAUCAGUGCGGAGUUCUCUGAAAACACUGAGGCGUCUGGUUGUAUCCCAUCGCCUCCAGCAGUGUCCCAGGCUCCAGGCCUUUGGACCGGCCCAUGUAGUUCAGAUCUCCACACCACUCACUUCAAUUCAAUGGAGAGGCUUCAGAUCCAGCCAUGUGACCUCUGGACAGGUGCUGCAGUUCAAACUCUCAGAUAUUGGAGAGGGCAUUAUGGAAGUGACAAUAAAAGAGUGGUAUGUCAAGGAAGGGGACAGUGUCUCCCAGUUUGACAGCAUUUGUGAGGUCCAGAGUGACAAAGCAUCUGUCACUAUCACAAGCCGUUAUGAUGGCGUCAUCCGCAAGCUGUACUAUGAUGUAGAUGCUAUCGCACAUGUUGGUUCACCUCUUGUAGACAUUGAAACGGACAAAGCGCUGGAGGGCGACCCCGAGGAAGAUGUGGUAGAGACUCCAGCAAUAUCCUAUAACCAAUCACAUGAAAAAACCCAGGCGACACCAGCGGUGCGCCGUCUGGCCAUGGAGAACAAUAUUAAACUAAGUGAGGUGGUCGGGACUGGAAAAGAUGGCCGUAUUUUAAAAGAGGACAUUAUCAGUUUCUUGGCCAAGCAGACAGGAGCCAUCCUCCCUUAUGAGGUCCAGAAGAUCCCAACACCUGUGAUUUCCACUGCUGAUACCCCUCCCAAAGAGGAGACGCCCAUCAUGGCACCUCCGGCGAUCCCGCGACACAUCUUCUCCGGCAAAGACAGGACAGAGCCUCUGAACGGUUUCCAGAAGGCCAUGGUGAAGACCAUGAUCGCUGCUCUGAGAACUCCUCACUUCGGUUACUGUGAUGAGGUGGACCUGACGCAGCUAGUGCGCUUGCGCUCGGAGCUGAAGGACCGGCCCGAGUCUCGGGGUGUCAAACUCAGCUACAUGCCUUUCUUCAUCAAGGCUGCAUCACUAGGGCUCUUGCAGUUUCCCGUUCUCAAUGCCUCUGUGGAUGAAGACUGCCAAAACAUCACAUUCAAGGCGUCUCAUAACAUCGGUCUGGCAAUGGACACUGCUCAGGGCCUCCUGGUGCCCAAUGUGAAGAGCGUUCAGGCCCUCAGUGUUUUUGACAUUGCCGUGGAGCUCAAGCGUCUGCAGGCUCUGGGUUCAGCUGGACAGCUGGGCACCGCUGACCUCACUGGAGGAACUUUCACCCUCUCCAACAUUGGCUCGAUUGGAGGGACAUAUGCCAAGCCUGUGAUUCUGCCCCCGGAGGUGGCCAUCGGAGCUUUGGGAAAGAUCCAGGUGCUGCCCAGGUUUAACUCCCGUGAUGAGAUAGUGAAGGCGUACGUCAUGAACGUCAGCUGGUCCGCCGAUCAUCGUGUCAUAGACGGGGCCACCAUGUCCCGCUUCUCCAACCUGUGGCGGUCUUACCUGGAGAACCCAGCUGCUAUGGUCCUGGAUCUCAAAUGAAGGCUGCUCUGGAAAUGAGAUCUCUGCUGGAGUGUCUUUAGGUUACUUACAACUGCAAAACAGCGUUGUGGCUAUCGUGUGAACACUCACGUUUCUGCUUUCACAUUCAAAAAGGAAGAAAAAAAAAAGACUAAUUUCUUUCCUCUAGAUGCCUUAAUUCAGA